AUGUGGGCAGACGACAGCCCCUCCACAGGCCUAGUGCUGGACACCUGGAGGAAUAAAGUGGAACAGAGAGCAGUUGACAUGAUCUGCCAUGUGAAUGAACCCAGCAAGAGGGAGAACUUGCAGCUGUGUGUUGGACGCCUCCUGCACACACUUUUAACCAACAUAGAUGAGAAAGUACAGGGCACCUCAUUAGAGCCAAACAGGAAACUAUUUUUGUACUCUGCACACGACACUACUUUGAUUCCCUGUCUAAUGGCUCUGGGGGUGUUUGACAUGAGAUGGCCACCAUAUGCUGCUGACAUGACUCUGGAGCUGCACCAACAGCAGCAGACCAACAAGUCCUUCGUUAAAGUGUCAUACGUGGGCGAGGAUCUACUUAUACCAGGUUGUAGUGGAGUCUACUGCCCUCUGGAGGAGUUCAAACAGGUCCUCUCAGCAUACUCACUGAGCUCUGACCUCUACCAGUCACUUUGUAACAGCACAGAGGACCUGACCGAUCCCUGACCCCUCAGCAAACGGUCACGUCUCAACACAGUGCUACUCAUGACAUUACAAUCUAACAGGUAUCACGCAUCAUGUUUUUUUACAUCCUCCAUUUCUCACUCCAUCCA